AUGCCGGAUGGGACCGAGAAGGCAAUAUGGCAUGCAAGCCGAAGUCUCACCGCUGCAGAAAGGAACGGUCAGAUCGAGAAAGAGGGACUCACCUUGAUAUUCGCUGUUCGGAAGUUCCACCGUUACAUAUAUGGACGUCGAUUCAAGCUCCUCACGGAUCAUAAGCAAUUGCUACACAUUUUCGGACCAAGGAAAAUGGUGCCCGUAUACACGGCAAAUCGACUGCAACGUUUGAAGUUGAUACUUCUCGGAUAUGACUUUGAUAUCGAAUAUCAGAAGACGACAGAGUUUGGACAAGCUGACGUCUUGUCACGUCUGAUCCCUCCAAGACCGGCUCAGACAGAAGAUAUUGUGAUAGCGAAAAUUGAACAGGACAUUCUUGCUGUUCAGAGUGUUGCUGUCAAAGCACUGCCCGUGACCAGGAAAGUUUGA